GUAUAAUUUUUUAAUUGAAACAUUUAAAAUUUUUUUUUGAAAUCCUUAUUAUAUAUAUAUAUAAUAUGAAUACAACUUGGGAAGAUUUUUAUGCUAUCCAUCCACCACCUCAAGAUUUUGAUCAGAGUGAAAAAUUAUUAAAAGCAUUUGUACAACGACAAUUGAAAAAAAAUAAUAUGGUUGUAUUAAUAACAAGUGGUGGGACAACAAUACCUCUAGAAUACAAUACAGUAAGGUUUGUAGAUAAUUUUAGUGCAGGAACAAGAGGAUCUGUAUCUGCAGAAUACUUUCUAGAAAAUGGAUAUUGUGUAAUUUUUGUGUAUAGAGCUAAUUCCUUGGAACCAUUUUCAAGACAUUUUAAAGGACAAAAAAUUUUAGAUAUGAUAGAAAUCAAUAAACAAAAUGAAAAAUGUAUAGUUACAGUUUUACCGCAAUAUACAGAAAAUUUGGUAAAAAUAUUUCAUAAGUACAAAGAAACUUUAAAUCAAGAUAAAUUAUUACAAAUCACUUUUACUACUCUUUCUGAAUAUCUUUGGCUUCUUCGAUCUGCUUGUCAAGCAUUAGCUCCUCUUAAAAAUAAAGCAAUUUUAUAUCUAGCAGCUGCAGUUUCAGAUUUUUAUAUUCCAUCUAAUGAAUUGGCAGUUCAUAAAAUUCCUUCUACUGGACCACCAACAAUAUCUCUUCAAUUAGUACCAAAAAUCUUAGCUCCUCUUGUAAGUUUAUGGGUUCCAGAAGCUUUUGUGGUAUCUUUCAAAUUAGAAACUGAGGACAAUCUUCUAAUUUCAAAAGCAAGAGAUGCAUUAAAUAAAUAUAAACACAAUUUAGUUAUAGCCAAUGUAUUGCACACUCGAAAACAGAAAGUAAUAAUUGUUAGUCAAGAGGACAUCUAUGUUAUUUCUCUUACUAAUGAACAAUUAAAUAAAGGUGAAGAAAUCGAGCAAUCAAUUGUUAAUAAUCUUAUUGAAAAACAUCAAAUUUUUAUACAAUCUACUGAACAAUGUGAGUGUUGAUGAACAUUUUCCUUAUGUAUAUUAAAUUGAUAAAAUGCAUUUUAAUGUAUUGAAUAAAUAUUAAAUACAAUGUUGAAUAAAUAUUAAA